CUCCCGCGCGUCGCCGAGGAGCAACGCAAACAUGGCGGCGGCUGGCACGGGCCGGUGAGGCGGUGCCGGGCUGGGGCUGUGGAGUGUCAUGGGUGGUGGCGGCAGCACCGCCCCCGCGUCUCCGUGAGCGGGACGGCUGGAAGGGGGCCUCUGCGCGGAGCCGGGCGAUGGACGAGAGCGGCGAACUGGGAGUUCUGGAGACCAUGGAUACCCUCACGGAGCUGGGCGACGAGCUGACCCUGGGGGACAUCGACGAGAUGCUGCAGUUUGUCAGCAAUCAAGUGGGAGAGUUCUCUGACUUGUUCUCAGAGCAGCUGAGCAGCUCUUUUUCCAGCAGUGGUGGCAGCAGCAAUGGUGGGGGCAACAGUGGGGGAGCUGUGGACCCCUCGAUGCAGCGGUCGUUCACCCAGGUCCCUUUACCCUCCUUCCCUUCCUCGAACUCCUCCCCGCAGGCUCCGGCCUUGCAGGUCAAAGUCCCCCCCACCGCAGUCCCCACCCCACCAAGGGCAACGCCUGUCCUCCAGCCACGUCCCCAGCCCCAACCUCAACCACCAGCUCAGCUGCAGCAGCAGACAGUAAUGAUCACCCCAACAUUCAGCACCACUCCCCAGACGAGGAUCAUCCAGCAGCCUUUGAUAUACCAGAACGCAGCCACCAGCUUUCAAGUCCUUCAGCCUCAGGUCCAGAGCUUGGUGACGUCGUCCCAGGUGCAGCCAGUCACCCUGCAGCAGCAGGUGCAGGCGGUGCAGACCCAGCGGGUGCUGACGCAGGCAGCCAGUGGCACACUGCAGACCCUCGCCCCAGCUACUGUACAGGCGGUUGCCGCGCCCCAGGUGCAGCAGGUCCCGGUCCUGGUACAGCCUCAGAUCAUCAAGACAGAUUCCCUUGUUCUGACCACCCUGAAGACGGAUGGCAGCCCUGUUAUGGCUGCCGUCUCCAACCCAGCCCUCACUGCCCUCACCACCCCCAUCCAGACAGCCGCCCUGCAGGUCCCAACCCUGGUGGGCAGCAGUGGGACCAUUCUCACCACAAUGCCCGUGAUGAUGGGGCAGGAGAAAGUGCCCAUUAAGCAGGUACCUGGGGGGGUCAAGCAGCUUGAGCCCCCCAAGGAAGGUGAAAGGCGGACAACCCACAACAUCAUUGAGAAGCGAUAUCGCUCCUCCAUCAACGACAAGAUCAUCGAGUUGAAGGACCUGGUCAUGGGGACGGAUGCCAAGAUGCACAAGUCUGGCGUUCUGAGGAAAGCCAUUGAUUACAUCAAAUAUUUGCAGCAGGUCAAUCAUAAGCUGCGUCAGGAGAACAUGGUGCUGAAGCUGGCGAAUCAGAAAAACAAGCUCCUGAAGGGCAUCGACCUUGGCAGCCUGGUGGACAAUGACGUGGAUCUGAAGAUUGAUGACUUUAAUCAGAACGUCCUCCUGAUGUCACCCCCGGCCUCUGACUCGGGGUCCCAGGCUGGCUUCUCCCCCUACUCCAUCGACUCUGAACCAGGAAGCCCUCUGUUGGAUGAUGCAAAGGUCAAAGAUGAACCGGACUCUCCUCCUGUAGCCCUGGGCAUGGUGGACCGCUCACGAAUUCUGCUGUGUGUCCUCACCUUCUUGGGCCUCUCCUUUAACCCGCUGACUUCCCUGCUGCAGUGGGGAAAGGCCCAGGACUCUGACCAGCACCCACACACAGGCUCUGGCCGCAGCAUGCUGUCGUUCGAGUCGGGUCCCGUGGGCUGGUUUGACUGGAUGAUGCCAACGCUCCUCUUGUGGCUGGUAAAUGGUGUGAUUGUCCUGAGUGUCUUUGUGAAGCUGCUGGUCCACGGGGAGCCAGUGAUCCGGCCACACUCUCGCUCCUCGGUCACCUUCUGGAGACACCAGAAGCAGGCGGACCUGGACCUCGCAAGGGGGGAUUUUGCAGCAGCUGCUGCCAACCUACAAACCUGCCUGUUGGUGCUGGGCCGGGCGCUGCCCACCUCCCGCCUGGACCUGGCCUGCAGCCUCUCCUGGAACGUGAUCCGCUACAGUCUGCAGAAGCUGCGCCUGGUGCGCUGGCUACUCAAGAAGGUCUUCCAGCACCAGCAGGCCGCUCCAGCCACCACAGCGGGCUUUGAGGACGAAGCGAAGGCCAGCGCGCGGGAUGCAGCCCUGGCCUAUCACAGGCUGCAUCAGCUGCACGUGACAGGGAAGCUUCCCGCAGGAUCUGCCUGUUCAGAUGUACACAUGGCCUUGUGCGCUGUGAACCUGGCUGAGUGUGCAGAGGAGAAAAUCCCGCCAAGCACACUGGUUGAGAUCCAUCUGACUGCUGCUUUGGGGCUCAAGUCAUGCUGUGGAGGCAAGCUGGGCUUCCUGGCGAGGUACUUCCUCAGCCGAGCCCAGAGCCUGUGUGGCCCUGAGCGCAGUGCCAUCCCUGACUCCCUGCGCUGGCUCUGCCACCCGCUGGGCCAGAAGUUUUUCAUGGAGCGGAGCUGGUCGGUGAAGUCAGCUGCCAAGGAGAGCCUGUACUGUGCCCAGAGGAAUCCAGCUGACCCCAUUGCACAGGUCCACCAGGCGUUCUGCAAGAACCUGCUGGAAAGAGCUGUGGAAUCUUUGGUGAAACCUCAGGCCAAGAAAAAGGCUGGAGACCAGGAAGAGGAGAGCUGUGAAUUCUCCAGUGCUCUGGAGUACCUGAAGUUACUGAAUUCUUUCGUGGCCUCCGUGGGGAUCGUGACCCCACCGUUCUCCAGCAGCUCCGUGCUCAAGUCAGCCCUUGGUCCAGAUGUCAUCUGUUGCUGGUGGAUGUCCGCAGUCGCCAUGGCUAUCAGCUGGCUCCAGGGAGACGCUGCCGCCGUGCGCACUCAUUUUACUGAAGUAGAGCAUGUCCCCAAGGCCCUGGAAGUGACUGAGAGCCCCCUGGUGAAGGCCGUCUUCCACGCCUGCAGAGCCAUGCAUGCCUCGCUGGGUGGGAAGGCGGACGGGCAGCAGAGCUGCUUCUGCCAUUGCGAGAGGGCCAGCGGCCACCUGUGGAGCAGCCUCAACGUCAGCGGGCCCACUUCGGACCCCACCCUCAACCACGUGGUCCAGCUGCUCACCUGUGACCUGCUGCUGUCGCUGCGGACAGCACUCUGGCAAAAGCAGGCAGGCGCCAGCCAGCCCCUGGGCGAGACCUACCACGCCUCGGGUGCGGAGCUCGCCGGCUUCCAGAGGGACCUGGGCAGUCUGCGCAGGCUGGCGCACUCCUUCCGCCCGGCGUACCGCAAGGUGUUCCUGCAUGAAGCCACCGUCCGCCUGAUGGCAGGAGCCAGCCCCACCCGCACUCACCAGCUGCUGGAGCACAGUCUGCGGCGGCGCACUGCUCAGAACGCCAAGCACGGAGAGGCAGACGCCUGGCCCGGCCAGCGAGAGCGGGCCACCGCCAUCCUGCUGGCCUGCCGCCACCUGCCCCUGUCCUUCCUCUCCUCCCCCGGGCAGCGGGCGGUGCUGCUGGCCGAGGCGGCGCGCACCCUGGAGAAGGCGGGCGACCGGCGCUCCUGCGGCGACUGCCAGCAGAUGAUCGUCAAGCUGGGUGGCGGCACGGCCAUCGCUGCCUCCUGACCACCUCCUUCCCCGCCCGCAGCUGCCCCCUCCUGCCUCACCUCUCCCUCUUCAUAUCUCUCCCUCACGGAGCAGUGGGGACGAGCCUUGUCUUCUGAGCUUUUGCCUGUGAGGCGUUGGGACCACCCUAGGCCAGUGGACCCCUAGGCAGAGCCCCCAAAAGCUGCUGGGGUUGGGGGCCCAGGAGAGGAGCAGCGGGCCGGCAGGACACACGGGGUGCCCUGGCCUGAGAGUGGCAGAGGACACCCCCAGGCCGCCGCGCCCCCUCAGCCCUUCAGGGCGCCUCUCCCAGACCUCUCCCCCUUUAUUGCUUCCUCGUUUUUUAUCCGGCUCACCCUCUGGGGGCCAUAGGUCUCUGGGUGCCGGAGAGCAGUUGGCCUUGGAGACCGCCCUGCACGCCCCCCUUUUUAUAGCGACCGUUUUUAUAUCCGUGUGCUUGGGUUUGCGUGAAGCGGGGCUCACUUGCCGUCGCGUCUUCUCCCUCCCUCUCCAGGCCCACAUGCCCUCCCCUGGGCCUGACAAAGCCCUUUCGUUGUUCCUCCCUGUCAUCCAGAGCGGCAGGGAAGGCGGGGAGCCCAGCCCCGGGAGGCGGGCGGAGGCAGGGGCAGGCCUGAGGAUGGAUGAAAUAAUGUCGGCAUUAUUUUUUAAUUUUUUAAAAAAUAAAUGGUAUCUUAUUUAAUUGUCCUGUUCCUUCCCACUCCCCCACCCUCCUGGGAUGGAAGCCUGAGCUUGGGGUGGGCCCAGGAGAGGCGGGAGCCACCCAGAGGGCCAGACCCAGCCUCCCCUGGGCUGCUCUGCUCCCCUCCCGCCCCAACCCACCCCCUGCUCUGGGGACUAUUUUUAAUCCCUAAUUGUUAGCCUGGAAACCUGCCAGGGUGGUGAGACCGCCCCGUCCCUUCCCCAGAGACAAGCCCCUCUGUUCAGGGAUGAGGUCCCAGGUCUCCAGGGGUCCCAGGAGGAAGAGUGGGGCCACUUGGCUGGAUCCCCUGGGGCCUGAGGACUGCCUGGGACCCCAGGGCCUUCCGUCCUGUGCUUCUCACCCCUUUGGGCUGGUUGGGGGCAGAGGGUGGGCAAGGGCCUCAGCAUGGGUUGGGGGUGCACACUGCAGGGGCUCCCCGAUGCGGGCAGCUCUGCCACUGCUGCCUGCCUGGAUCCCUCCCCCUUCACUGUAAUUUAAGGCCCCAGUGUCCCCCCGCAGGCCCAGGCCGUGUGUCUUGUGUAGUUACUGUGCCUUUUCUUGUUGUGGAGGGGUGGGGGGGUUUCAAGAACAGGGGCUACGUCCACAGCUUCCUUGAUGUUGACUCAUUUGCUGUGUCCUGGGCAUAGGCUAUUCAAUAAACACAGAUUGGUACCACCCAG